AUGGGUUAUUCAGAACUAUGUGGCAUCAGCUUCAAUGUUGGUCGUGUCCGACGGCCGGAUGAGCCGUAUCAUGCAGCAUGGAGUGGGGGAGAGAACCAACUUCUAGGCGACGAUGGUCAUUAUAAAAGUUUCGUGAGCAAAGACUAUCUCGAAAACGAACGUUGUCCGGCCUCAGCAGGUUGUCAAGAUGUUCCUAGAUCACCCGCACCAGUGGAUGAAACCCUGAGAGCCGAUGAAGAGACUGGUAAGAGUGAUGCCAAUUUUGAUGAUGACGACACAAGUGAUGAUGUUUAUCUCCCGGAAAGCGAAGAAGAAGAUGAAGCAUUUGAGUAUCAGUCGGACGAAGACUUGAUCGGGGAUGAGGAGGAGGUUGACGAGGAUGAGAAUGCGGAAAGGAGCGGGAUCAGCGAUGUUUACUCGGAAGAUGAGUCUAUGGAGAACUACACAAGAUCUUUCUGGGAGGAAGAGCCAAGGCGUAGCCUAGAUGUUGGAGAUCAGGCUACCAUGCCACAUGAAGCUCUACGUCGGCCAGAAGACAGCCCUGAAGCUGAAAAAGAGCACCGGCAACCAAAAAGCCAAGGCUCCAUCGAGGCUUCACCGCAUGAUGAAAACGCGGACGAUCACAAUGGAACUGAAAAUCUAAGCAAAAGCUGGAGCGAAUGCGAUAAGCUCGAGCAUUUGGCCGGACCUGGCUGUGAGCAUCGUGCUGGCUAUUCCGGAUUCGAGAUCACCGUCGAAGAAAUGGGAGGCUGUACUGUAGCGCAAUGCCUUGUCCGCAAGGGACCGGAGUGGCAGCCUGAACCGGACGAUCUUGACUUCGAGCUGACCAGCGACUACUUUCUCUCCGGCCUCAUCGGCGCAAUGCCUUCGCGCGACACCUGUUAUAGUGCCGACUAUACGCCCCAUCGUCACGGUUGCGAGGAUCUGUUUCCGGACACAGAGCUUCACCAUGAUGAGACUGAGUUUGACACGCCUAUGCCUUUCCACCCGACCUGUUUCGAGGUAUUUAUGCGCGCUUCGCGGUUCCGUCUUGGUCGCGUCGAUAUUGAUGGACUAGCUGGGUGGCGCAUGCUCGAAUCCAACUGGAAACGUAGCGAUGGGCCACCUCGUGAUCCGGCCGUAUGCAGAGGAAGGGAUCAAGAAUGGAACCAUCGAUCCGGUGACGCAUGGAUUGUUGCGAAUCCAGUCCUCGUCCCAUCGCUACGUUCUUUCCUGCAAUCUUCAUGGUCUCCACCGUCUGCGAGCUAUGCACAGACGCAACCGAGUCCAGAUGAUCCGUUCCUGAAGCUACCGCGAGAGCUUUCGGACGCCGUUCUCGGUCUCCUCAGCCCGCUUGACAGAGCCAGUCUGAGAUUAGCGUCAUGCGCUACAUACUUACCGCUUUCGCAUUGGAAAAAUCUUCUCAAGGAAGACAUGCCCUGGCUUUGGGAGCUCUGGGAUGAUGUCGAGCCUUACUUCUGGGCUACAAUGUCACUACCUGCUUUGUUCGCAGAGAAGAAGAGAAGAGACGAAUUAGAAGGGCACAUCUCUGAGGAGGUCAACAUCGUUCAAGAAGAGAUUGCAGAGAUAGGGGAGUCCUGGAGCCGCGAUCAGCCUUGGCCCGAGAAGUCCUACGCGACGCUGCAGUCAGCAGCAAAGGAGCCGCCGAUAACGCUUCCGGCGGAGAAUCCGAAUUGGUGUCGGGUCUACUAUGAGAUCAUGACGCACGCGGACGAGCUUCAUGGCCUGCGAAAUCGGCAAAGGAUAUGGACCGACGUUGAGGAGAUUCUGAGGCGCAUUCGAAAGUAUCGUGAUGAGGGCUUCUCCACGACCGGUGUACCUGUGGAAGCUACGGGGCGCAACACCGUGCUCCAGCAGAAUGCUGAUUCAGAGGCGAGGGAAUUGCGGGAGAAAAUGACGACAGCUGAGCAAGAAUUGGAAGUCUGUAGGGACGAUUUGUUCAGACUGCAGCCCGUAUGUCGGAUAUCUGACGGGAGCAUCAUCGGCGCCUUUGAGUCGCUCAGCGAACAGCUCAUCAACUGGAUCGACAGCGAGACCCCCGCUUUCGAAAAGGCCAACCCAGACGCGCAUGAAUCUUUCCUUAUCUCCGGCAGCAAAGACUCAGAUGUCGCAAGUUUCUUACAAAUGCUUCCAUCAGCUGUCGUAUACCUGUGCAGACACAAGAUUAAUCGCUGCUUGUUAGAACAUGUGUUUGACUCAAACAUCUGCCCUUUAGGACUUUCGGCGGAUUAUACGGGCAUGCUGCUGACUAUCGAGCACGGGAUGGCGGCUCUCAAGCCACCAAGUGGUUUGAGAGCACGCCUUCCAGACCCUCUCGCUAUUGUGCUGUGUCUAAUUAUAUCAGAUUCCCGGAAGGUCUAUAUCUGGCGCACGGAGACUCUGAGCGCUCUUGCUGCGACUCAAGAAUGCACAGACCUUAAAGAAGAACAGAUUAUUCAAUGCACGCCAGCCCUUUUCGAGAAUCUGUCGGUAUCCUCCCCUGAUUUCCUCGGACGAGAAGAGGUCCUGAACAGAAUCCACGACCGAGUCACAGUGCCAGCAGCGAUCAUCGUCUCAGAGCUCCAUGGAUCAGCUUUAGUGUAUAGGCUCGACAUCCAGCGUUUCACCAAAGACGACCUUGAGAAAGUCAUUGUGAUCGAUGUGGAGACAGAAAAGACUCUGAGGCCUGGUAGCGCGAUUGUCUCGGAUAGAGAGGCAGUCAUUGGAGAUUUUGUCUUGUCUCUGGAGCCAAGUCUUCAUCGUGUGAGUGAGGGGGGGGAGUGA